GACACAAUUUCUGGCCAAGCAGUUGCACGGUGGACAAUUGGACGUAAUGCAUCUCGGCAAAUUAAUGCGCCUGAUUUGUUUUUAGAAACGGAGUUUAUGACGGGUCGGUGGAGAGGAUACAGAGCCGCAGUAGGCUACCAUUCGCUGUCAGGGCUACUGGUUUUUUGUUGAUGUCAUCGGUAGCCGUGUUCGAACAGGAGCGACCGUCAAUUUAUAGUCAGGAUUACUAGAAUAACAAAAUAAAGCCUACAAUAAAAAAAGUAGCUAGGUUUUUUUUUGUGCGCACAGUGAGUAUGGGAAUUCUAACGCACUGUGUUUUACUUUUUUUAUUACAGCAUUUGACGUCCGCUUAUGCUUUUAAAGAAGGACUAGACAACGGACAGUAUGCAUUUGUGAAAGAUCCUAGUUUGAAUAUCGAAAAGAGAUCUGCAGAUGUAGAAUUAUUCCAGUUUGACUCUGAAUCACCCGAACACAGUCGGAGCAGGAGAAGCGCUGAUCAAGAGGACUGUAAAAGUCUCCAGGGAUUCGACACCAAGUUGACUAACAACACCCACACCUAUUCCUUCAAUGACCUGAGCGGGUCCGUGUCACUGGCCUGGGUUGGAGACGCCACCGGGGUCAUCCUGGCUUUGACAACAUUCCAGGUUCCAUUCUUCAUGUUGAGAUUCGCCCAGUCCAAACUCUAUCGAAGUGAGAACUACGGGAAGUCGUUCCAGGAUGUCACAAACCUCAUCAACAACACUUUCAUCAGGACAGAGUUCGGCAUCGCCAUCGGACCAGAGAACUCUGGGAAGGUGAUCCUGACAGGUGACGUGUCUGGCAACCUGGGAUCUCAUAUCUUUAUCUCCAGAGACUUUGGGAACAGCUUUGAGCAGCAGGACCUUCCUUUCAACCCCCUGAUGCAGAUCACAUACAACCCCAGAGAUGCCAAAGUUCUCCUGGUUAUCAGCAACACUAAAGAGCUCUGGCUGUCAGAGGACUUUGGAGAGAACUGGAGGAAGAUCCAUGACAUGGUGUGUCUGUUCAAAUGGGGGAUGGACAGUAACAUAUUCUUCACCACCAGCCUCAAUGGAUCCUGCAAUGACUUGGGGAUGCUGGACUUGAUGAGAUCGACGGACUACGGGAAGACCAUCAAGACUGUUGCCACUAAGAUCUUCUCUUUCGGCCUGGGGGGAAAGUUCCUGUUUGCUUCUGUUAUGACUGGAACUGGCACUCUGAGGAGGAUCCAUGUGUCGACGAACCAGGGGGAGGAGUGGAACAUGGCUCAGCUGCCUCCGGUUGGCCACGAGGAGUUCUAUUCUAUCCUGGCAGCCAAUGAGGACAUGGUGUUCAUGCACGUGGACGAACCAGGAGACACAGGCUAUGGCACCAUCUACGUGUCAGACGACAGGGGUACCGUGUACUCUAAGUCUCUGGAGCGUCACCUCUACACCACCACAGGGGGUGACACUGACUUCACCAAAGUUACCUCUCUACGAGGGGUCUUCAUCACCAGUAUACUGGCAGAGGAUGGCUUGGUGCAGUCCGUGGUGUCCUUCGACCAGGGAGGGGAAUGGGUGCCCCUGCAGAAACCUGCCAACACCAAGUGUGACUCCACAGCCAAAGACCCCGACAAGUGCAGUCUCCACAUCCACGCAGCUUACAGCGCGGCUAUGAAGCUGAACGUCCCCAUGCUGCCUCUCAGUGAACCAAACGCUGUAGGACUCAUCAUGGCGCACGGGAGUGUGGGCGAUGCCAUCUCUGUGAUGAAGCCUGACGUGUUCGUGUCAGAUGAUGGAGGUUACACCUGGCUACAGGCCCUGGAGGGACCUCACCACUAUGCCAUCCUGGACUCUGGUGGACUCCUGGUGGCCGUGGAGCACUCUGCUCAGCUCAUCAAAGACAUCAAGUUUUCCACAGACGAGGGCCAGUGCUGGCACGUUCACCAGUUCACCAGCGAUCCCAUCCACUUCACAGGGCUAGCGGUGGAGCCAGGGGCGAGGUCUAUGAACGUCAGUGUCUGGGGCUACAGAGACUCUCUGCUCAGUCAGUACUGGGUAUCUGUCACCGUUGACUUCCGAGAGCUGCUCACUAGAACCUGUGAGGACCAGGACUACGUGCAGUGGCUGGCACACUCUGAUGACAUCAGCGACCCUAACGACGGCUGUAUGCUGGGUUACAAGGAGAAGUUACUGCGUCUAAGGAAGGCCUCGGUCUGCUGGAACGGACGAGACUAUGAGGUCAACAAGCAACCCACCCCCUGCCUCUGCACCCUGGAUGACUUUCUGUGUGACUUUGGGUACUAUCGUAAAGAGAACAGCUCUGAGUGUGUGGAGCAGCCGGACCUGAAGGGUCACCUUCUGGAGUUCUGUCUGCAAGGCAAGGAGGAGCUGCUGCAGACUAAAGGCUAUAGGAAGAUCCCCGGGGAUAAGUGUGAGGGAGGAAAACAGCCGGAGAGAAAAGAGAUCGACCUCAGUAAGAGGUGUGUCAGUGAUCUGCUGGGACCUCAGGAACUACUGAUGGACGGCCAUCUGUCCAGCUCUGCACCCAUCAUAGUGACUGUUUUAAUCAUUGUGCUGCUCGCAAUCAUAGCUGGGGUCCUCAUCGUCAAGAAGUAUGUCUGCGGUGGCAGGUUCCUGGUACACAGCUACUCUGUCCUACAGCAGCAUGCUGAGGCCCAGGGACUAGACGAACCCCUAGACAGCAACUUCACUCAGACCAGAAACAUGGCCGACUUCCACGACGAUUCAGACGAGGAUCUUCUGGAGUAAAAGGUUGAACAUGCAGCUCCCAAGAGGACCUACUCGUCUCCUGUCUGUCCUUUACAACCCAGAGACUCCUGCAGCUACAAGAGGACCUACUCGUCUCCUGUCUGUCCUUUACAACCCAGAGACUCCUGCAGCUACAAGAGGACCUACUCAUCUCCUGUCUGUCCUUUACAACCCAGAGACUCCUGCAGCUACAAGAGGAAUCUAGUCUCCGGUCUGUCCUGAGGCUCACUGCUCUACAUCGAAGAACACGUUUCUUCUAUCUGUACAACCAGAGGCUCGCUGCUGCUGUUCUCUCCUUCGACUCCUGCUACUUCCUCUUUCCCUCCCUCCACCAUGACCCUUGACCUCUAACCCCUGACCUUCCAGCGCCUGGCGGAGAGUUGUUCCAGUGCAGCUCUCAUCAGUGAGGUAUCCAAUGAGGCUUUGUGAUCUGAGUGAGACACAGCCAGAAUUCAGCAGGAGAGCAGAGGUCCAGUCGGGUUGUUAUGGUUGAUUUAAAAAAAGAAAAUGUAUUCUCAGAGUUCCUUUUCUGUUGGGAUAGAAUGGUGUGUUGGUUCUGGAAUGCUGGUGAAUCUGGAAUCAUGGAACUGUUGUUUUAGAAGCCGUUUUAAUGUCUUUGGGAGCUUCUCUUAAUAUCUACUGUAGCUAGACUCUUCAAAACAAGUGACCGUAAACAGCACCAUGAUGACAUUACGGGUUAUACAUGCCUCUCCCAUUGCUUUGGACUGGGGAUCUUGGGAAAUAUUACGUAUUCGUUUCUAUUGAAGACAUGUCCUUGUUUUCCCCUCCCCUGCACUUACAUAAAGAUUUUUCAUUGAUGUGAUUCGGGGUUGGGACUAUGGUAAAUGGGUUGUAGUUAGUUACUGUGGCUUGGUAAAAUUACUCUACCAAGCCACCCUAUUUCUUAACUAUUUUUUAAAACUAUUUUGCCUAAAUGAUAAGAUGCAAGUGGAAAUAUUUAUAAGCAUUUAAAGUUGGAUAGCAAUAACAUGUUUAGAUCCACUGUAUCAACACGCUAAGCUUUCAUAGUAGGAAUCAACCUCCUCCUCUAAACUAAAGGGAUUAAUCCUAACAUGAGAAUUGUGUACCUAACUCAAACAUUCACCUUCUAAAUCAUGCAUCGUUUUUUUUUAAAUUCAAGUUAUGAUUUGGCUAUAUUAGAACAAUAGAAUAAGUUUAUCUAAACAUUGUAUGCAGUUGUGACUGCCUAAAGCAGUAUAAAAAAAUGUCUGUUUAGUUUGAGUCAGGGGGGGGGGGAUGUAGUAUACAAAAAGCUAUUCACCUCAUGCAUCCUCAUUUCUCUACACAAAUGAUGUUUAAUAUGUUGAGCUAAUCCUACACUAGUGAAAGUAGACCCCAAUGUGAAGGAAGGACUAUAUAGGAAUCAAUCGAAUGUAAACACAGGCGCUAAGGACACUUUUUUUUUUUUUUGAAAUGUAAUAACUGUCACAUAGAUCUGGACAUCUUUAACGAAGCCAUUUUUGUUAGAAGAAAUUAUUUUAUAAAGCUUAACAAUGUUGUAUGGAUGUCUAGCAGUUUUGCCACUGGCGUGUCUGUUUUCAGUGUGUAGAACAGACCUCUUGUCUGUAUGUACUGUACGCUCGUAUCUUAAUAUGAUGAGCUAAUACUACUGAAUUACACAUUUUAUUGUGGUCACCACAUUACCUGAAAAAUGUCAUUGACUUAAGUUUCACCUAGACUAGGGUCAUUCUAGCCUCGGAAGCCCAUUUGGAACGAUGGCCUUGGGAGACUAGGGUCAUUCUAGCCUCGGGAGACUAGGGUCAUUCUAGCCUCGGAAACCCAUUUGGAACGAUGGCCUUGGGAGACUAGGGUCAUUCUAGCCUCGGAAACCCAUUUGGAACGAUGGCCUUGGGAAACUAGGGUCCUUCUAACUGGGAGUAUACACCUGACAGCUAAAUUAACACUUCUUGUAGGCUUGAAUGUUGGAAAAAACCAGGCGCUAAUGAUCGCUUCCCUUUUGAACUAGGCUACUUUAAAUACCGUGGAGUCACAUGAUCUCUCUCUCUCAAUAGUUUGCCGUUUUAAAACAUUUGUUGCGCCAUCCUUUCCUCUUCCUCUCUGUUCUGUCGUCUUCUACGUCCCUUUACAUGGUGAACUGGUAUUUAUUUAGAAUGAUCUGAUUGAUUUUGAGUGCAGUAAUGUAACUUAUUGUGUGGAUGGUUAUACAAAUCAAAUCACAUUUUAUUGGUCACAGACACAAAUGCUUGUAAAGUGUCUAGUAGAGGGGGUAGGGUCUGUCCAGUGUGUGUGUGGGGGGGCGGGUCUGUCUAGUAGGGUCUGUCUAGUAGAGGGGGUAGAGUCUGUCUAGGAAGGAGGAGGGUCUGUCUAGUAAGGGCUGUCUAGUAGGGUCUCUCGUAGAGGGGUAUGUCUAGUAGGGUCUGUCUAGGAAGGGUAGGGUCUGUCUAGGAGGGUCUGUCCUGGGGGGGAGGGGGACGACGACGACACACCCCUAGAUUGGCUAACUAUGUAAGAGCAAUUUUAAUGAUUACAUUCCUUGAAUUCAAACCAAUAAGACGUUACAUGUUGACCUGCAAUACCAACUACCCUGUUUUGUAGAAUAGUCCUCAGACUUCUCCUCUACCCAUAAUGCAAUGGGAACAACAUAACCCAAUUUAAUUUUACUCCCUGAUCAUGCAAUACAGCUUUAUUUGUCCAUUGUGAAACAGACAAAUGCAAUGUUUCAUCCAACCUAUAUUUGGUGUUUGGUUUGUACAUUACUGUAGCCACAUUUGCACAGGAUUGAAAUAAUUAGCUAAAAAAUUUCAAUUGGCAGAACCAAGCCAACACAUACUGUAGCUGCUAAAACACGAGGAAGACACUUGUUCUGAAUGAUUAAUUCAUAUUUAAAUCAUGAAGGUUUUAUGUAUUGAGAUUUGAAAGGUGACAUCUUUAUUAGAUUUUAAAAUAGCUGUAUAAAGUUAUAAUGCAAUGUGAGAAAGUUCUGGAAUCGUUACAUCUUUGUAUCUGCUGUGUAGUUCAAUAUAUUUGAGGUGAUUUUGCUUUGGGUUAUUGACUAAUAAAUCAACUUGUUCCUUUAAGUUUUCUGCUCAUAUAUAUAUAUAUAUAUAUAUGAGUAGAUUUUAUUUUGUUAAUGUUCAGAAAACCAACUUGAUACAAGAAUGUAAAAUCAAACCUUAACAGAUGAAUGGUAAAUAAUGUGACAUUAUCAGUCUGUCAUCUUUAAAUAAAGAUUGAAGAUUUCUCUGUAA